AUGACUGACGCAAACUCUUCCACCCACCGCGACGUGCAAUGGCCCAAAGACACCUUCGGCACCGCUCAGCCAGCCUGGUCAUCCGAACCCGACCUCUCUCUUCUCGAGCGCAUAGCCCGCCAACACCUCCCUGAAUCUGAGGACAUAUAUGCUAUCUCGCUCUUCGCGCAGGGCGGGUUCAACAAGAUCUACGCCGUUGAUACGCCCGGGAAGGGCAAGACGUAUCUCAUCCGCGUCGCGCUGCCCGUUGAACCGCGUCUGAAGACGCUCAGCGAGGUCGCGACUAUCGAGUACGUGCGCGCGCACGCUUGUGCAGCCGUUCCGCGCAUAUUGGCGUAUGAAGCGGACGCCGAGGCCAGCGGAUUAGGUUACGAGUGGAUGCUACUGGAGAAGAUCGAUGGCGAUGUUCUCGAGGCGCGGUGGAGGGAUAUGGAGUGGGACGCGAAGGUGGAACUCGUGAAGAGUGUCGCGGGCGUGCUGGGCAAGUUCUACGACCGCCCGCUGUCUGGGAUCGGCAAUAUCUACCCCGACGCGCCUGAUCCUGGUCGGAUCGUGUCAAUGCAGUUCUUCUGGGACGAGCAUUACGAGCAAGACGUCCCUCGUGGUCCUUUCAGCUCGAGCCACGAUUGGCUGCGCUCUUGUCUACAGUUCGUCCUGAACGAUACGGCCGCUAUUCUCGCACGGCCCGUUGUCGAGGACGACUCGGAUGAUGAGGGCGAGCGUGAGGAGGCGCUCGAGACGCGGUCUCUCGCUGAACGUCUUGUCCAACUUCUACCACGUAUAUUCCCUCCGUCAUCUCCAGACGACGAACCGGAACGUACGAUCAUUCACCACGAUGAUAUAUCCUUCCACAAUCUUCUCGUCUCGCCGACCGGCGAGCUAACGGGCAUCAUAGACUGGGAAUGCGUCUCUGCAUUCCCGCUGUGGCGCGCCUGCACCUUCCCGUCGUUCCUUGAAAGCCGUGCGCGGGUCGAAUGUCCCGAUGUGGAGAAGUACGGGAAGGACGAGGACGACGAGAGCAGGCCGAACGAGCUAUAUUAUGAGCAUUUACGCGAGUGGGAGUGCACGAGGUUGAGAGGGGUGUUUUUGGAUGAGUUGGAAUCUGUCCAGCCGCAGUGGAUACGAAUGCAUAGGGAGAAAGCGAGCGCGUUGAAGAACGACUUCUAUUGGGCCAUGAGGCAGUGCGAUGAGGAGUUUAGUAGGCGGAAGAUUGGGGAGUGGUUGGAUAUGGUGGAGGCGAUGUCUGACGAGGAUCUGGAGAAGGGCGUAUUGGGUGAAGGGUAUGUGUCUUUGGACGAGUCUUUUGUGAAUUGA